CUCGAGUGUACUUUGUGUGUCAGCGCGCAAGGUACGUACAUGCUGUAACACCAUCACCUCGAUGAUUGGGAUGGUAAGGGAUAUCGGACGAGAUCAGCGGAUAAAUUUUCAGUCCGAAGACUCGGGGCUAUCAGAUUUGGACCGAUAGAUCCCAUGGAAAGCAAACUGGUAGACGGCGACUGGCCCUGGAAUGGAUACCUGAGGCUCCGUCGGCGUCUCGGGGUCUUCGGGGUGGAUGUUCUUCUACCUUGGUAUUCCAGGAUGGGUUGUCGUAGUAUCAAUCCAUGGAGUAAGCUGCAUGAAAUCUAAUCGACUGUGGCUGCGAACCGUUGAUCUCAUCACACACUGAUCCUUGUUUUAUUUAAGCUUGAGAAUCAUUCAAAAUGGCAUAUCUCCCUCCGACUGUUUUCUUUAGUCCCACUGUCCUCUGCCUUUAUACUUCCAACAGCGAAGUCACCUGACUCAGUUGCUAUUCACCAUGGGCGCAGAUAUGAUCAGUCCUGACCUGGAGAGAAAUGAUAGAGCCCAGUUUCUGGUCAAUCAUACAGUCCACAACUUCUCCUGGAAUGACUUGACCGUCACCGUCAAGGAUCGCCGGACGAAGAAGCCGCUCAACCUGAUUGAGGGUAUCAGUGGGAGUAUCCAGCAGGGUGAACUGGUUGCUCUGAUGGGCCCCUCGGGAUGCGGCAAGACGACUUUGCUCAAUGUGCUCGCGCGCCGGGCAGCUACAUCGGGCGCGAAGACUACGGGGGACUGCUACGUCAAUGGAGGGCCACUCGACAAUGAGACCUUUGGCCGGGUCACUUCCUACGUGGAGCAGGAGGACGCUCUGAUCGGCUCGUUGACGGUGCAGGAGACGUUGAAGUUUGCUGCGGAUCUUUCGCUGCCAAGCUCUGUUUCAAAAGCGCAGCGGCGUGACCGUAUCCAGACUCUAUUGGAGUCCUUUGGUAUUCUAAAUCAGGCUGCGACGCUGGUUGGAACUCCAAUCCGAAAGGGUAUCAGCGGAGGUCAGAAACGGCGAGUAAGCGUGGCAAGCCAACUGAUCACCUGUCCGAAGAUUUGUUUUUUGGACGAGCCGACUAGCGGUCUGGACUCGACGGCGAGUUACGAGGUGAUUUCAUAUGUCAAGGAAUUGGCGGUAGCCAACAAUCUCAUCGUCAUCGCAAGUAUCCAUCAACCGUCGACGACCACAUUCCAGCUCUUCGACAAGUUGCUUCUUCUGUCCAAAGGCAAGACGUGCUACUUCGGUCCCGUUCCUCACAUAUCGACCUACUUCAGCAGCAUCGGCCAUCCCAUCCCGUUGAACACGAAUCCCGCAGAGUUCAUUCUCGAUAUUGUCAGCUCCGACUUCUCCGAUGCCAAAGAAGGCAAUGCCGCGGAGCGAGUGCAACUGAUCCAGGAAUCCUGGCUGCGGUCCGCCGAGCGGAAGGCCGUGGACAACCACAUCUCGCAGUUGAUCGAGCACCCCGAACAGGACGGGAAGAAGAUCACAAUGGGAGAGCUCUCUCGGCCAAACACUGCGAGUAUCACCUGGUCACUUUUGCACCGCUCUUUUAUCAAGAGCUACCGCGACGUUGUGGCGUAUGGCAUCCGCAUCGUCAUGUAUCUGGGACUGGCCAUCAUGAUGGGCACUGUCUGGCUACGACUACACGAAUCACAAGAGUACAUCCAGCCCUUCAUCAACGCAAUUUUCUUCGGAUCCGCCUUCAUGAGCUUCAUGGCCGUAGCCUACGUACCCGCCUUCCUCGAAGACCGCGCAACCUUCAUCAAGGAGCGCGCAAACGGCCUCUACGGCGCCCUCCCAUUCAUAAUCUCCAACUUUAUCAUCGGCCUUCCCUUCCUCUUCCUAAUCUCAAUCCUCUUCUCCCUCGUCGCCUACUGGCUCUCCGACUUCCGCUCCGACGCAGUCGCCUUCUUCACAUGGGUCAUGUGGCUCUUCCUAGACCUCCUCGCCGCCGAAUCCCUCGUCGUCUUCGUCACCUCCAUCUUCCCCAACUUCGUCAUCGCGCUUGCCAUCGUCGCCUUCGCAAACGGCCUCUGGAUGAGCGUCGGCGGGUUUCUGGUCUCCCCGACUAUCCUUAACCCGUUCUGGAAAUAUGUUUUUCAUUAUAUUGAUUAUCAGGCAUACGUGUUCCAGGGGAUGAUGGUCAACGAGUUCUCGCGCAGGACGUACUCCUGUGGCGACGGGUGCCACUGUAUGUACCAGACCGAUCUUGCGGCGCAGUGCCGUAUCCGAGGAACGGGCGUGCUUGAAUCGUAUGGGUAUGCGACUGGGCGGACGGGGAAGUGGGUGGGGAUCUUGAUUGGGAUUAUUGCCGUGUAUAGGCUGUUCGGGUGGAUUGCCCUGGUUCUGAGACGGAGCUGAGCUGUUGCGAUUGUACUUGGGGUCAUUUGUUCUUGGCAUGUUUCCUUGCUGCGCUUUCGUUGAUUGUCUAUAUAUAGAGUUAUCUGGGUUGGUGGGAU